AUGGCCCCCAACGAGCUGUUUCAGUUCUCCGUGGUCAACGCGCUGAUGGACGGCGUGGCCAACAAGGGCCUGCUGAUCUCCACCCUCUUGCAGCAUGGCGACCACGGGAUUGGGACCUUCCGCCACAUGGUCGGCGAGCUCAUCGUCGUCGACGGCGUGGCCUACCAGAUGAAAUCAGACGGCUCAGUGAGCCCCGUGGAUACCAGCCUGGACUCAUCAGCCGUCGCCCCCUUCGCCAUGGCCACGCACUUCGAGCCGACCCACAAGGCCGCCGCCGUGCUGGCGGACAAGGCUGACCUCUACGGCCUGCUGUCCUUCCUGCUGCCCGACGCCCACAACCUCUACCUGGCCGUCCGCAUCACCGGCGUCUUCAAGAGCGUCACUGUGCGCACCGUGGGCGGCCAGUCGAAGCCCCUCGAAGGCCUGGCCGAGGUGGGCAAGCACCAGACGUCGCACACCUUCGAGGAGCCCAUGGAGGGCGUCAUCAUUGGGUUCCGCUCGCCGGAAUACAUGCAAGGCGUCAGCGUCGCCGGCGACCACCUGCACUUCCUCAGCCAGGACAGGUCAAGGGGCGGCCACCUGCUUGCCGUGGCCUCGGAGGGUGAGGUCAACGUCGAGGUGGCCCCAAUAUCCAAGUUCCACCUGGAGCUGCCCGUGCACGACGAGGACUUCAAUGAGGCGGAACUAAAGGGGGAUGGGGCUGGGAUCGCUGCCGUGGAAGGUUGA